CGCCAAGCGAGGUUACGUUCUAUGUGCACGAGUUGUUAGUAACUGUAUAAAUUAAGCCAAGAUCUGGCGGCAAUUGUAGAAUAAGUUUUAUUGUGUAGUUUGUUGUUGAAUUAGACGAAUUAAUUAAUAAAAAUGGGUAUUACCGGUUUGUUACCAUUCUUGGAGAAGUCUUCUAAGAGAACGAAUAUCCAAGAAUUUUCCGGUGGCACUGUCGCGAUCGAUUCUUACUGUUGGUUACACAAAGGUGUCUUUUCUUGCGCCGAGAAACUGAUGAUGGGACAAACGACGGAUGCGUACGUUUCGUACUGUAUGAAAUACAUAAACAUGCUUUUGCAAUAUAAAAUAAAACCGAUCUUGGUGUUUGAUGGUCGACGAUUGCCCGCUAAGGAACAGACGGAAAUUAAAAGACGUGACUCGAGAAACAUGAAUCGUCGUAAAGCAAUGGAAUUGAUACAAAUGGGCCAAGUCGCAGAGGGAAAAAACUUAUUGAAACGAGCCAUAGACGUUACUCAUGAAAUUGCAUUAGAAUUAAUUAAACGUUGUCAAAAAGAGAACGUUGAUUGCAUUGUGGCUCCUUACGAAGCGGAUGCACAAUUGGCGUACCUGAAUAUUAUUGGUAUAGCUGACGUUGUUAUCACAGAAGACAGUGAUUUGACAUUAUUUGGAUGUAAAAGAAUACUUUUUAAAAUGGAUUUUAAUGGAAACGGAGUUUUAAUCGAACAAGAUCGAUUACAUUUAGCAAUGAACGUGCACUCCGAACAAUUUCACAUGGAUAAGUUCCGUCACAUCUGUAUUUUAUCUGGUUGUGAUUAUCUUCCGUCCUUGCCUGGCAUCGGCUUAAGGAAGGCACAAAAAUUUAUUGACAAAAAAACACGGAUGAAUAUUUUUAAGGCAUUGACACGUUUAGGAUCUGUACUCAACAUGAAAUCGUUAGUUGUGACAGCAGAGUACAGAGAUGCAUUCGUGUUAGCGGAUAUAACGUUUAAACAUCAAUUAGUAUUUUGUCCGUUACAAAGGAAACAAGUACGAUUGACGCCCACAGCUGAUAUUACUGAAGAUCAAUUACAGUAUGCUGGUACUGAAUUAAAUGCAGAUAUCGCUUUACAACUGGCCUUUGGUAAUUGUGAUCCAUGUACUCUAAAAAUGGUUCAUAAUUUCGAUCCAGACAAAAUUGUAAGUAGGCAUCUAUGAAAAUAAUACAAUUAAAUAUAUACAAGAUGUUCGGAAAAAUCGGGGCCAUUUAAUUUAUUUAAUAAGGUCAAGUAAGUGAAAAAA